AUGAAGUUCUCAAACACCGCCCUCGCCCUGACGGCCCUAGCCGCGGAUUGGGCCGCAGCUGGCAGCAUCAAGCCCAGCUGCCAAUGCUGCAAAGCUCUCGCCACCGCUCCCAGCCUCGUGGGCAAGGUCUGGGCGCCCAAUGACGAGCGCUACGAUGCGCGCCUGGCCGAGUACUACUCCGCCAACGCCGCGCAGGCGCCCUGGUGCAUGGUCCUGCCCGAGAGCACCGAGGAUGUCUCGGCCCUGAUGAAGGUCCUCACGCAGUACUCGUGUCCCUUUGGCAUGCGCUCCGGCGCCCACACUGCCUUUCAGGGAGGCAAUGGCAUCAAGGACGGUGUCACCGUGGACUUUGGCCACCUGAACGUGACCACCUACGACGAGUCCACCCAGGUCGCCUCGAUGAACCCCGGCCAGACCUGGGGCGACGCCUACAAGGUCCUCGCCGACUACAGCGUCGUCGCCAUUGGCGGCCGCGCGGACGUUGUCGGCGUCGGAGGCUUCACCACCGGCGGUGGCUACUCCUUCCACACGGGUGUCCGUGGCUUUGCCUGCGACAAUGUCGUCAACUUUGAGGUCGUCCUCGGCGACGGCUCCAUCGUCAACGCCAACGCCGAAGAGAACCACGACCUCUGGGUGGCGCUCAAGGGCGGCUCGGGCAACUUUGGCUUCGUCACCCGCAUCGACCAAAAGGUCUGGCCCUCGUCCGAGAUCUACGCCAACCUCAACUCGUACAGCAUCGACAAGCGGCCCGAGGUCCGCCAGCGCUACUACGACUUUGUCAACAAGCAGGACGACGAGCCCGAGAGCCAGAUCAUUGGCGCCAUGAGCUACGCCGACGGCGCCUGGGCCUGCGCCAUCAUCAUGUCCAACAUCAACGCCGAGAUCAGCGAUGUCUUUGACCCCUUCUUCGAGGUCGAGUCGACCACGUCCGUCCCCGCGACCGGUCCCGCGCAUGAGGUCGUGCCCAUCUUCACGGGGCCCACGCCCCUCGGCCUCUACGCCAACUGGCAGACCGGCAUGGUCGACCACAACCUCGAGAUCAUGGAGGCCAUGGACGAGAUUGUCAUGGAGUACUUCAACAAGGCCAUUGGCCUCGUCGAGGACGGCGAGAACAAGAUCCAGCUCAUCUGGCAGUGGCAGCCCGUCACCCAGGGCAUCGUCGACGUGAUGCAGAAGCAGGGCGGUAACGUUCUCGGCCUCGACGCCACCGUCGUGGACGGGCCCGUCAUCAUGUACAACAUUGUCUUCACCGCCGACACCGAGGAGACCCAGGCCGCCACCCUGCCCACCAUCUUCGCCCUCAACCAGGCCAUCCUCGCCAAGGCCGACGAGCUCGGCCACAACAAGCACUGGCAGUUCCUCAACUACGCCCACGGCAGCCAGGACCCCAUCUCCCACUACGGCGCCGACAACAUUGCCCUCAUGAAGGCCGUCUCGGCCAAGUACGACCAGGGCCAGGUCUUCCAGAACCUGCGCCAGACCGGCUUCAAGCUCCCCGCGUAG